AUGGGGGGGCCUCUCAACUCUGGUGGGGGGGAUGUCUCUCUUUCUCUCUUCUGGUUGGAGCCUCUCUCCGUAGGGGGCCUCUCUCUUCUGGGACCUGCCUCUCUCUCCUCUGGGACCCGCCUCUCUCCGUUGGGGGCCUCUCUCUCUCCUCUGUGGGACCUGCCUCUCGCCGUAGGGGGCAUUUCUCUUUCCUCUUCGACCUGCCUCUCUCCGUUGGGGGCUUCCCUCUCCUCUGUGGAACCUGCCUCUCUCUCUCCUCUCUGGGACCUGCCUCUCUCCGUUGGGGGCCUCUCUCUCUCCUCUGGGACCCGCCUCUCUCCGUUGGGGGCUUCUCUCUCAUUUGGGACCUGCCUCUCUCCGUUGGGGGCCUCUCUCCUCUGUGGGACCUGCCUCUCUCUCUGCUCUGUGUGGAACUGCCUCUCUCCGUUGGGGGCCUCUGUCCUCUGUGGGACCUGCCUCUCCCUCUCCUUUGGGACCUGCCUCUCUCCGUUGGGGGCUUCUCUCUCCUCUGUGGGACCUGCCUCUCUCCGUUGGGGGCCUCUAUCUUUCCUCUGUGGGACCUGCCUCUCUCUCUCCUCUGUGGGACCUGCCUCUCUCCGUUGGGGGCCUCUCUCUCUCCUCUGUGGGACCUGCCUCUCUCUCUCCUCUGGGACCCGCCUCCCCCCGUAUGGGGGCUCCCUCUUUCCUCUGGGACCUGCCUCUCUCCGUUGGGGGCCUCUCUCUCCUCUGUGGGACCUGCCUCUCUCCCUUUGGGGCCUCUCUCCCCCCUCUGGGACCUGCCUCUCUCCGUUGGGGGCCUCUCUCUCUCCUCUGUGGGACCUGCCUCUCUCCGUUGGGGGCCUCUCUCUUUCUCUGGGACCUGCCUCUCUCCGUUGGGGGCUUCUCUCUCCUCUGUGGGACCUGCCUCUCUCCGUUGGGGGCCUCUCUCUCUCCUCUGUGAGACCUGCCUCUCUCCGUUGGGGGCCUCUCUCUUUCUCUGGGACCUGCCUCUCUCCGUUGGGGGCUUCUCUCUCCUCUGUGGGACCUGCCUCUCUCCGUUGGGGGCCUCUCUCUCUCCUCUGUGGGACCUGCCUCUCUCCGUUGGGGGCCUCUCUCCUCCCCGGGGCCCCAGCUGUGUCGUGCUGUGCCUCUGCUCAGGAGCCCAGGGUUGCUCUCUGUGGGAUGUAUCAGGAAGUCUCACUCAUGAAUAACUUAUUGCGAUCUUGCCGACUGUGCUCCGUGGUGAAGUAG